UAUAGCACCGCUAACCGGACGUACAAGCACAGCAUCUCGGAACCGGCGGGCUGAGGAACCAAAACUAGUCGACAGCAGUGCUGGGUGGAAAAACAGCAUCCGUCGGGCAAUAUUAAGAAACCGUUAUCAAUAAAUGCGCAGCCUACGGAUUUGAAUAUGAUGUUGUUGGUGUACACUGAGUGGACGGGCGAUGUGAGGUCUUUGAAGGACUGUGCGUAACGCUGAGUGGUCGUCCACAUACCUGCCGAGAUACGGACUACCGACACCAGAUUCCUCUUUUUAUCCUGCGGUGUUGCUCGUUAACAUCGUAACUAGAUGCUCCCCGCCGGACCGGACCACAGUUUCUUAGCGUCCAAACCAAACGGAGCCUGAGCCGAAGGAUGCAGGUUAAAAACCAGAUCUGCACAGAGCGGAGCAGCACCGACGACCCGGAGCAAGAUGACAAUCAAAAGAAGACCUCGUGUUUUUCCAACAUAAAGAUUUUUCUGGUGUCGGAAUGCGCGCUCAUGCUGGCACAGGGCACGGUGGGCGCCUAUCUGGUCAGUGUUCUGACCACUCUGGAGAGACGCUUCAACCUCCAGAGUGCCGAUGUGGGAGUCAUUGCCAGCAGCUUUGAAAUCGGCAACCUGGCUCUCAUCCUGUUUGUCAGCUACUUUGGCGCCAAGGCCCACCGUCCCCGCCUGAUCGGCUGUGGUGGGAUUGUCAUGGCGCUGGGGGCGUUGCUGUCAGCUCUGCCAGAGUUUCUGAUUCAACGGUACGAGUACAAGAAAGGGGACUCAUGGCACGCUGAGGACGGCAGGGACAUCUGCUCUAACAAAUCCAGGUCAGAAAACAGAGACUCUGGGUUUAACUGCGGAAACCGAACCAACACCAACAUGAUGUACCUUCUGCUGAUUGGAGCCCAGGUUCUGCUCGGCAUUGGGGCUACGCCUGUCCAGCCUCUGGGAGUGUCUUAUAUUGAUGACCAUGUCCACAGGAAGGACUCUUCACUGUAUAUAGGUAUCUUAUUUUCAACGUUAGUGUUCGGCCCAGCCUGUGGCUUCAUCUUAGGUUCUGUCUGUACCAAAGUCUAUGUUGAUGCUGUCUUCGACACCAGUAAGCUGGACAUCACCCCGGAUGACCCUCGCUGGAUCGGGGCAUGGUGGGGCGGCUUCCUCCUUUGCGGUGCCUUACUCUUUCUGUCGGCCCUCUUCAUGUUUGGCUUUCCCCAGGCACUGGACGUGCAGGACAUGGACGGUGGAGGGGAGAGUGAGCAAGCCAUGCUGCCUUCUUCUAUGUCCAUGGAGUACCAGGGCUCCAAACCCAACGGGGCCAUUUGUGGCUUUGAUACAAGCAGUGGACUCUCAGUCUGGGAGCAUUUGAGAGUGAUCCCCCGGGUAACCAGGCACCUCCUCUCCAAUCCAGUGUUCAGCUGCAUCACUCUGGCAGCCUGUAUGGAGAUAGCUGUGGUUGCUGGUUUUGCUGCCUUUCUGGGCAAAUAUCUUGAACAACAGUUUAACCUAACCACCUCCUCAGCCAAUCAGCUGCUCGGUAUGACGGCCAUCCCCUGUGCCUGCUUGGGUAUUUUCCUGGGAGGACUGCUGGUUAAGAAGCUGAACUUGUCCGCUCUGGGUGCCGUCCGCAUGGCCAUGCUGGUCAACCUGGUGUCCACUGCCUGCUACAUCUCUUUUCUCUUCUUGGGUUGUGACACGGGACCCGUUGCUGGGGUUACCGUGGCCUACAUCAACGAGACGCUGCAGUCGUGGCAGCGGCCUGAGGCGUCCUGCAACAGUAACUGUAACUGCUACACAGCAUCGGUGAGCCCCGUCUGUGGCUCCAACAGAGUCACGUACCUUUCAGCCUGCUUUGCUGGCUGCACCAAACCAAAUCUGAGCAGCUGUGCAUGCAUAUCCAGCACCACCGAAGAGGCAGUGGCUUUACCGGGAAAGUGUCCCAGUCCCGGCUGUCAGCAGGCCUUCCUCACCUUCCUGUGUGUCAUCUGUGUGUGCAGCAUGAUCGGAGCCAUGGCUCAGACACCCUCCGUCAUCAUCCUCAUCAGAACUGUAAGCCCGGAGCUUAAAUCAUAUGCCCUUGGAGUUCUGUUCCUGCUUUUAAGGCUGAUCGGCUUCAUCCCCCCCCCUCUGAUCUUCGGCAUGGGCAUCGACUCCACCUGUCUGUUCUGGAGCUCUGUCUGCGGAGAGAAGGGAGCCUGCAUGCUGUACGACAACGUGGCCUACAGGCAUCUCUAUGUCAGCAUCGCCAUCGUUCUCAAGGCAUCCGCUUUUGUCCUGUACACCACCACGUGGCACUGUCUGAGAAAGAACUACAGGAAAUACAUCAAGAACAGCGAGGGGUACCUCACGCCCACUGAACUCUUCUCCUCCAAUGUGACUUUGGACAAUUUGGGCAAAGAGAUUACCCAGAACCCAACCAACAGGACAAAGUUCAUAUACAACUUAGAGGACCAUGAGAUGUGCGACAACAUGGAGUCAGUUUUAUAGUGGCACUCUGCUCUGGGACUGCAGACUGAAGCUACUGAUGUGCAUUAAUGUUUCUUUCAAGUUGUAUCUGUUUAGAGCAAGGCCUCAAUAAGGGUCUAAUUUCCUUCACAUUCAAAACAUCAGACCAUUUGAUAGAAAAAAAUCUAAACGAUGACCCCUAAAACUCAUAAUAUUCACAUUUUUGUCAGAUGAAAUCAUAAGCUGGCUUACAAACUUCUUUUCAGUCUUUUGGGGAUAUUUUCCCCUUGACAGCAAAGUUGAGACUGACAGUAUGAAGGGGAAAAAGGCCAGCAGAUGGCCCUUCGUAAAAACCACAAUCAGAUUUACUAAAAGACCCAAGCUUUAUCAGAAAGGUUAUUUUCUGUGGUAUUUCUCAGGUCCGGUUACCAGAAGAUGCAAAAAGAAUGACAAUAACACACUUUUUUCACACUGAUGAAGUGCAGUUUGCACCCCUCUUGAAAUCUUGCAGUCUUGCAGAGGGAUUCUUAACACACCAAUGUGUUAACAACCUGCCCAACUUUCAUUCAGUUUCGGCUCAAUGCAAAAGUCUAUUUAUAAGCCAUUUUACAAAACCGGAACAUUUCUGAAAGAUUAAAGUCUGAGUAAUGCAGCAAUAACUCUACGUUGUUUACCAUUCAGCCUACAUAAAUUAUUAAAAAAAACUGAAUUAGGUCUCAAAAUCCCAGGAAAAUGAGCAGUGCUCUGCUCUCACACACUGAUUGACAGAUCUCAGAUCUGCUCAAAUGAAACACAAGCGGAAAACAGAGCAGAGUUCAUUUUAAUCAAAGCAAAAUGCUUAGAAGUGAAAUCCCAAAUGCAACUACAGAUAAUGAAUCACCCUCCAAUUGAUAUUUUCAUGAUGGGUAUGUCCUUCAGGGAUUCAGCAGUGUGAGCACAUCAGCGGGGGUAACAAGUGUGUCAGUAUAACUGUUAAUCCUAAUGGUCUUCAGUAGACGUAUUAGCUGGGAUUCUGAGCUCUCUACCACUGCAGCUCCGCACAAAAAUGCGGACAUUCACGUACUGUCAACUAAAACUAGUGUUGCCAGGUCUGCAGUGGUGAGACAUUUUAGUGUAACUCCUUGCUGUUAUUGUUCCUCUUCAAUUUAUGCCAACCCAGAUUCUCCAAAUUCUGGCAUCUAAGGAAGAUGCAUUUCCAUGAUGGAGGCAAAUGUUAGCUAGCUAAUUGCUAGUGUGAGGCUAGUGAAUCAUAGUCGGCCCACUUACAGUAUUUGAGUGUUAGGGGUGGAGGCAGUUCCAUUGUGUCUUGGAUUUGUGGUUUUAGACUUGCUCUAAAAAUCAAUGAAAAACUAUUUUAACAGUCCAAUAGAACACAGUUCUGGUUUUCAUGCAGAGCUAUGAUUUUGCUUUACUCAGACUUUAAAGUCAGAAUAGGAAAUCAGUGGAAGAUGAAUGAAAUGAAAUGGUUUUGAAUUUUAUUUUACUAAAUUUAUAACUAUCUUAAGACAAUUUUUUAGGAGUGAGGUUUACAGUAUUUAAACAAAAAACAUUUUUAUUUGUGGACAUACUUUAAGCAUAUGACUAUAGAGUUUAAUAAUUAUCCCUUUACUGUGUGUUUUGAUGUGAAUGCUGGAUGAGACCAAUUUUCCUUCUUAAAGCCCCAGAACUGUGUUCUUUUCUUUUCUUUUUUUUACUUCUUUACUAAAGUGCACAUUUAAACAUGUAAUUAAAACACAAAUUAAUUAUUUUUUUCUUUAAAAUAAUAAUGAGGAAGAUUAGCAUUUCAAGUUCCUGUGACAUUUCAUUAAGACAACUUCUUUGACUGCAUCACUACAAUAAUUCUGGCAAGAAAAUGAAUGUCAAUUCCACAUACAUGCAGAAAUGCAGUUUAACAAAGUGGUGUAAUACUUAUGGGGAUGGCCGCUGCCGCAGAUAUGCAUGGAUUACAAAGCAACAUGAUAAUAACAUGCAGGGGACUUUGCGAUUAAUAGUCUCAAAGGUACGUGCUGCAGUGCCCUUGUCAGCAGCAUCAGCAUCAGUGGCAAAGCUCACAUUAUGAGUGUGAAGGCACUCAAGUAGAACACAGAGCCAACACAACAUCCUCAACCUCUUAAUUGUGUUGGGCUACCUGUCAGGGGACACAGUAUCCUGCUAGAAAUUGUUAACUUAAACGCAUGCUAGUAAUGCAUGCAUAAGAAAAUAAAAUAGAUAAAAAGAUAUUCAGUAUGACAUAACUGAGAUGCACAGACUCUGGGGUUUGUUGGCCAUCAUACUGGUAAAACACAUAACAUACAUGAAUGGCCUCCUAAAUCUAUUAUUUGAUUAUGGAAGAGCGUUUUAAUGCAUACUGCAUUGUGAUUUUGUUAUUUAUUUUAAUUUCUUUUACUUUUUUGUUGAAGAGGUUAAUGUUUUUUUGUUUUUUUUACAAAUAUACUGUAGUGUUUUGAGACUUACUCUGUAAGUAUUUGGUAUAUUUUGCAUCAAAAAAUCCAUUAUUACAGCAGAUUUUAUUUCCUAAGCCUAUAUUGGGGGGGGGGUCCGGUGUUUGGAAAAUACACUUAGAUGCUUUCUGGUUAAAAGACUAGAAGAUUCAUUUUACAGUCACAACAAUAAAGUAGCAAGAAGCAAGAACCUUCAGUCAAAUUAGCUUAGAUUAAAGUUUGGAAAUAAGGGUAUACAGCUAGCCGGCCUCUUUUCCAACAUUACAAAAACUUGCAGCCUUGCAAAACCUCCACAUCUCAUUUCUUAACCUACAUCUUUUUUGAUUACUACAUACAACAAUUAAACAUUAAAUUUGUGAGCUUUUGCCAUUUUCAGCUCCUGGAAGUCAGUAAAAUAUGCUAGCAAAAGUUGCAUUAUUUCCCUUUAAAACUAAAACUUGCUUUG